UUUAUAUAAAUUAGAGGUUUCCACAUUCCUCUGCAAAUGGCGACUCUAGUGGUGGCGACAACCGCCGAUCCGGCGUCGAUCAAUCCGGCAAAAGCCCUUCUGGCAAUGCCCGGGUGGAUUCGUGGCCCCACCCUCGAUGGCGGCAUCAGGAGCUUCCUGAACGGCGAAUCCCUUCGACUGUUGGAACAAGACAAAUUCAUCAUCGAAGAAGACGACCUCGACUUGCGGUGGGAAUCCGCCACCGGUGAGACUGUCUCCGAGCUCCUCUUUCUCUCCCGCCACGCCGCCGCCUCCACCCGCCCUGCUCUCACCAUCCACCCUAUCGGGGUUCCUCAUUUGAAGGAAGGAGAUGUUCUUCCCCAAGGGGGAAGGCCGGGAUGGGCUGCGCCGCCUUGUCCCCGUAUAGGGCCUUGGCUCAUGCUUUUGAAGAAGCUUGCUCAAUCCCACAACUUAGUACCUGAAUUUGAGAUUACAUUGGAAGCUACUCAUCAUGGACCUGUAACAUCUAAGCCAGCUAUGUUCAUUGAGAUAGGUAGCACGGAAGAAUACUGGGGAAGAUUGGAUGCUGCUCAAGUUAUUGCUCAAUUGGUAUGGGAGGGACUUGGUCGCGGAGCAAGUCCGACUGUUGGAGUUUGGAGCAGUUCGACUGAAAAGAAGAAAGUGCUGCUUGGUCUCGGAGGAGGACAUUAUGUACCCCGUCACAUGGACAUAAUUCUAAAAGAGGGAACCUGGGUCGGCCACCUCAUAUCUGGAUAUUCUUUGCCAAUGGAAGAUCCGGGGAAGGCAAAAUUAAGCGAAGAUAUUGGAGGGACGUGGAAACAAGCCAUCCAAGUUGCUUUCGAUGCUACAAAAGCAGCCUUCCCAGGUGGGGAAAUCUUGGCGCAUCUUGAUCACAAGAGUUUCAAGGGCUGGCAAAAGAAUGCCAUCACAGAGUUCCUCAGCAAGCAGAAUAUAAAGAUCGGUAAGCCCGUAGAUUUCUGCUGAUCCUUAUUUAGGUCAUUUGGUCCAAAUCCUAGAAUUUUUUUAGUAGGUUCUGAAACUAGAAUUUGGCAUUAGUUUCUCUCAUAUUUUUCUAACAUCUGGUUUUUAUGAACCUAAAAACAUGUUUUAUUCUCAAUUUUUUCCUGAUCACAUACCAAGUGAAGGGAAUGAGUUGGUAUUUUCUAUUUGUUUAUAGUUUGGGCUUUUUGUAACAAGAAAAAAUAAAACAGACAAGCACAAACUUUGGACAUUGUGGCUUUUCAUAAAAAAAUGUAAUGGUAACAAUUUUAUCCACAAUAUUUCUAA